AUGGUCACACCUGGAUCAGACAGUCCCAAGGUUUCACCCGAAGUCAUCGCUGAGCACACGGUCCGUGCCCUUCAGAGAACCGUCCCAACAGCUGUUCCAGCUAUCAUGUUCUUGUCAGGACACAACGAAGAAGAGGCGACGAAGAACUUGAACGCGAUGAACCAAUUGAAGACGAAGAAGUCAUGGUCAUUGUGUUUCUCGAGGUGCGACAUCUUUUGUUCUUUUAAAAAAAAGAUUAUUCAUGCUUAA